CAGAAAGAGUAUCUACCAGACGGUCAGUUCACUUUUGCUUUCAUCUCAGCGGCCAAGAACAAGUGCAUCUCUGCCACUGGAAGGCUGGGCUGUACUCUGGUGUCUCCCUUGAACCACACUGCCAACACCAUAAUGCAUCCUUGGGUAAUCAUCUUAAGUCUCAUACUACUGCUGACAGAUGCUGCAGUUUCUGAUGUACAAAUUGGUGGAGUGGUGGGUCAACCUGUCACAUUGCCCUGCACCUACUCAGCUGCCAGGGAAGGGGUCACAAGCAUGUGCUGGGGCCGAGGAGCGUGUCCUUCAUUCAGAUGCGCAAAUGAACUUAUCUACACUGAUGGAACCCACGUGACCUAUCAGCAGAUCCGUCGGUACAAACUACUGGGGGACCUUUCGUCAGGAGAUGUGUCUUUGACUAUAGAGCACGCAAGUGAGUCAGACAGUGGUCUGUAUUGUUGCCGAAUUGAGAUACCAGGAUGGUUCAAUGAUAUCAAAAUCACCCUAAAGUUGGAUAUUGAACCAGCCAGAACCACAAGUGCUCCAACAACUACUAGGGUUUCUACUACUGCUCCUACAACGCCAGCAUCCACAAAGAGCCCCGAACCAGCCAGGACCACAAGUGCUCCAACAACUGCUAGGGUUUCUACUACUGCUCCUACAACGCCAGCAUCCACAAAGAGCCCCGAACCAGCCAGGACCACAAGUGCUCCAACAUCUACUAGGGUUUCUACUACUGCUCCUACAACGCCAGCAUCCACAAAGAGCCCUGAACCAGCCAGGACCACAAGUGCUCCAACAACUGCUAGGGUUUCUACUACUGCUCCUACAACGCCAGCAUCCACAAAGAGCCCCGAACCAGCCAGGACCACAAGUGCUCCAACAACUGCUAGGGUUUCUACUACUGCUCCUACAACGCCAGCAUCCACAAAGAGCCCCGAACCAGCCAGUACCACAAGUGCUCCAACAACUACUAGGGUUUCUACUUCUGCUCCUACAAUGCCAGCAUCCACAAAGAGCCCCGAACCAGUACCUACUUCACCUUCAACAGCAGGAACCCAAUCUACAACAAUGCCAGAAAAAAGGAUACAACCCACCAGCUCACCAUUGUACUGUUGCACAACAGAUGGGAAUGGCACCGUGACACAGUCUUCAGGCAGUCUUUGGCAUAACAAUCAAACCCAAGCAUCCCCGGCACAAACUUCAUGGACCACUGCUGCUACUGGGCUCUACAUCGGAAUCGCUAUUUUUGCUGUGGUGUUGCUCGCCUUUGUGAUUUUGAUGAUUUUAAAAAAGUAUUAUUAUAUCAAAAGCAAGAUACAGCAAGUAAGGUUGGUUGCGUUCAAAAGCCCCCAAAUUGGAACUUUGAAAAGCACAGCUGAAGAGCGAGUCCGAGCAGAAGACAACGUCUACAUUAUUGAGGAUAAUAUUUAUAUCGUAAAUUAAGACACAUUGGCAUUCUUAGGGGUUUUAUGCCCAUGACUACAGAAGACAGUUUGACCAGAUGUGACUGUUGGACACUUUCUAAAUUUUAGAACCGUUUUUCAGUGUCAGUUUUAUCUGGCGUUCUCACAUGUCAGUGAUGUUGGAUAAAGUGACGCUUUAGCUGAAAACUAUGUAGAGUCAACCUCAUUGUUAACAUAGUUCUAACUUUUAGUACUAAAACUGGCACUAUUUUUCUGGUCAUUACAGAGUCCUCUCUCAAACAUGAACACUUCAGAAUGAUAUGCUUUAUUUUAUUGUACUUUUUCUAACUUUUUAUAUUCAAACACUGUAUAUCUGUACAAAAUUAAAAAUGAAUUGUCUCAGCAUAACUACCCUGUAUGUUACUCCAGUCAAAGAAACUUCCAUAA